UGGACAGUAUAAUGGCUUAUCUGUGAUAUAAGACGAUAUUUCAUUUAGUUUAUUGACUGAACUAAACAAAGUAUGGACAGCGUUUGUGUACUUUACGGUUUCACGUUUUUAUUUUCCUUCAAGGGGUGUUUUGUAUGAUUGACAGACCUCCUGAGAAUAUUUAAUCGUAGUGGUUUAUAGGAGGGUCCAAUUUAUUUUCCACUAACGACUCCCGGAAGAUAAACCUAAACAUUAGAAAAUGCUGUAGCCACUUCGUAACCAAUGAAAACACAGUAUUAUUCAUGAUAUGGAUUUUAGAUACAUUUUUUGGGUGCCAAAUCCUCUGAUCCAGGCUCAUCUCACGCUUGACCAGAACCUGCCCGUGUCACAGUUAACGUUCCCCCUCCAGGCCACCCCUCACUUAAAUGAGAAUGUCUCUGGCCCAGAGAGUCCUCCUGUCAUGGACCUUCACCCUCAUAUUCCUCAUCAUGCUGGUCCUCAAACUGGACUCCAAGAUCCACUGGAACUGGUUCCUCAUCUUCCUCCCUGUAUGGACAUUUGACACCAUUCUCAUCCUCAUGCUGGUGGUGAAGAUGGCGGAUCGGUGCAAGCCCGGCUAUGACCCACGGGACGACCAGCAGAACCUGCGGCAGAGGGUGUCGUACCUGGUGGCAAUGCUGCUGAAACUGGGCUUCUGUCUGACGCUGUGCGCCCGGUUGGAGAGGCUGACGGACAUCUGGCUCAGUGUGGUGUGUGUCCCCCUCUGGGCCAUGCUGGUCGGGGCCAUGGUGGAGCUUGGCUACAAUGUCUUUCACUACCGGAGAGACUGAGAGGAUGGAGAGGGAGAAAGAUGGAGAUUGAUUUUAUUUACUCAGUCUAAAGACUGCAAGUGAGUCUGUAAGGGAGGUGAAUGGGAGAUUAUUGUAAUCCACUGCAGGAGAAACUGAACUGAAAAGGACUGUGAUGAAGAUAACAAAUGGAUUGGUUUAUUUUACUACAGCAGAGACUGAAAGGGGAGGAGAGAGUAGUGAAAUGGCACUAAUGACAAUGUAUUUGAGUUUAUGAUGCUCCCAAAUUUAAUCUUUAUUUUGCCAUAGUGAUGUAUCAAGCAAUGUUGCAGCCAUGGUGGUCUCUGCCAGGGGAACUGAAGUCAAGACUGGGACUAUUCCACGGUAACUGAGUGAUGCUGAGACUUACAUUUUUAAAGUCGAAGAUCUAUGUCAAACAGAAAACAAUGAUUGCAAAGUUAACAAACCAUACAACUCCAUGCACAAGGACUACUUUUAAUAUUUUGCACAGAAAAUGUUACUGUAGAUUAUAGGCAGAAUCUACCGCAAUCCCACAGCUGAUUUGUUAUUGCUCAGCUAUAAUUAAAAACAUUUGCAUCUGACUGGAAGUGUGCAGAAACUUUUUCCUGUUUCUACAGAAAAUGUUACAAAAAUACAUUUACUUGAAGAACAAUGCAAAUGCAAAGUUUGGUAACUGAAUUACAUUUUGUGCUGUUUACUGUCAUUCUAUUAACAAACUUUUCAUUGUUUUUCAAAUAUAUGUGUGGGACUCAGUGGUAAUGGACUCAUUUGAUGCUCCAGUGGAUAAUUAUUCUGCCGUGUGAUAUGAGACAAGUUGGUUGAGAAUUCAGGGUAUUCGUAAGCAGACUCAAACCCUUGCUCUCCAGACAGACUGACUGGUCUGUGCCUGUGUUAUUCUCUGAUAACUGGGACAGUUAGAUCCAAUGGGUUUAUAUGUGAACAUUGGUAUUGGUUAUGUUUCAUUGAAGGUUGAUGGGGAUAUGUUUUCCCUGGGAGACCAUGAAGAAACACACACACACAAAUCAUAAAAUGUUUCUACUUUGCUGAAGUUUUCAAAUAUCUGCCUGGGUUGGAUUGGUGAAAGCAGUAUGACUGAUUAUACAACAGUAUGUCCCUGCUUUCAUUUAUCCAAUCACAUGCAGAUCAGUGACUACCUCAAAGAAGGGAGAAGGUGUACAUUUUCUAUGGUUUGGAACGUGGCUCAGAGUCUGAGAUGAAGUGAAUUACAUAACUGGUAACCUGACCCAAUCCAGAGUGUAUGGAGGGAUGGAUUGCCUGCCCUCUGGGGUGUUGUGUAAGAGGUCACUGGUGACUCAGGGACAGGACUUGUACUGUUACUGGGUCGUUCCACAAAAUUAGUGCCUUUUGCGUUCCUUUGAUAUUUUAAGUAGACAUUUUAAAAGCCUGAAAUUUGAAAAGCCUGUUAUAUUCAAUGAACUUCCCUUUACUAUAGACCACAUGGAGAAUUCAAUAAAUCAAGUUUUAUUUGAAUAGACUUGCUAAAGUGCCAAAAUUCAACAUUUUUACAUGUCCCUCUGUGACUUCCAGGAAGAUUUUAACCCACUUAUCCCCAAAAUCUCAAAGUUUUUACCAUCGUUGUAAAGCCCUAGUUAGGGAGUGAACAUUAUUUAAAAUAAGGGUUACAUGGAGAAAAGCAGACCUCACUGCAGCAAAAUAUAUUUUACAUAAACCCUCCCUGAACGCUGAAUAAAAAUGACCCUAUACCAAAAAUAAUAAUUAAAACAAAGUGGUUGGCAGAGAACAUGUUUACCCUCACUUAUUGGACAGACAAGAGCCUUACAGUGCCUUCAUAAAGUAUUCACACCCCUUGACCUUUUCUAUGUUUUGUUGUGUUACAGCCUGAAUUUAAAAUGGAUUAAACAGAUGUUUUGGUCACUGGCCUACCCACAAUACCCCAUUAAUGUCAAAGUGGAAUUAUGUUUAAUUUUUUAAAACAAAUUAAUAAAACAUUUAAAGCAGAAA